GAUUGGUCAGAGUGUGCUGUCAAUCACCCGAGGGGCGGGACUUCAGCUGUGUUGUGUUUCGUAUGUCGUCCAGUCUGACAUGAGGGAAAGCUGCUAGGUGUCUCUGUAACUCAGAGAUGAGAGUACACACUGUUAUUGCAGCCUGAGGUGCAGUAACCGAACAUACGGAUCACGGAUGCGUCUGAAGGAUGAGCACCAAGUCGAGUGCUAGAAAAGUUCGGAAUGCAGACAGCAACCCCUGUAUAGAGGAGAGUGAUGGUUCCCAAAAGUGCCUGGAAGCGUAUAACUAUGAUAAGAACAUGUGCUCUGCAUACUUCUUGAAGUAUAAGAAUUGCAGGAAGUACUGGCAUACUGUGAUGCUACAACGCAGGCGUGAAGGUAUAAAGCCCGAUAUGCCUACAGCUAAAGAGAGGGAAGAAUUGCUAGAUUCUCUGGGAGGGAAGCCCUACUGAAACCUACUGACUUUUAAUAGCAGAACACUGACUGUGCCUCUCUGAGGUGAAGUGUGUGUGUGUGUGGAUGAGUCCAUCCUUCUAAUAGGAAGCCUUAAAAACUUUAUUUACACUUCAGCCCAGUGGGCAGGGGUGUGUGUGGUGUGUGUGUGUCUAUGCGCAUGCUUGUGUGGGUAUUUGUGUGCUCAUACUUGUAUGGAGUUGUUUGUGUACUUGAGAGAGUGCAAGUGUUUCCAUGAUGAGUUUUUGAACACAUGCUUGCACAGAGAUCCUAUGUUAAUCAAUCUGUGAAUCUGGCAGAUAAACAUAUAAAUCAUGUACAAUUAUAAUAUCUCAUGAGUAUUCAGUAUGAAUAUUCUCUAGAGUCAAAUAAAUAAUGAAAAUAAAA